AAUAUUAAGUUCUUUAUAGUAUCAUUGUCGUUGUCAUUUGGAGGAACUAAAUGAUCGAAUAUUAACAUAAUAAAGUGUUACACUAUUUAUAUUUAACAAAUUUUAAAAACAUAUGUUGAAGUUAAAAUGGUUUUGCUGGAAAAUGAUGCGUUUUUAGUGGAGUUGACACGACUUUUCGACAAAUCUAGACUUUCUGGUUCUGUAGUACUUACUAUUAAAAGGUUUAAUGGACAUAAUAAACCAGUGCCUAGAGAAGGUAGACCUCCCUUACCAACACCAAAUGAAUUUCUUUGCUUAGUAAGAGCUACAUUAAGGUCAAAAAAGAUUUCCACUGUUAUACAUUCUAAGGAUGUAAAUAAAUUUCAGCAAGCAUAUUGGAACUUAUUAAAGUCAAAUAUCAAUGGUCUUAAAAAAUUGAAAAAAGUAAAAUCUGUAAAACCUAAAGUUCAUUGAUAUUUUGAUACUCACUAUUUAACAUUUAUGUAUUAUAUGUGUUAUUAUUAAAACUUUUGAUUAACAUGAUACAUUUUAACAUUAACAUUAAUGUAUAAUGCAAUACUGCCUAAGAAAUAAAUUACAUUUUACAAUAUAAAACAAUAAAA